CUCGGGCCCUGGGCCCCCAGGCUGACCUUUGUUCCCUCUGGGGUCUGGUUAAUGCUGAUUUUUAAGAGGAGCUGUGGGUUUCCCUGGACGUAGAGAGGGGAGUUUGCCAGCCUUGGACCACGGCAGUGAGCAGAAGCCAGGGAACAGGCAGGGUCUUGGGAAGGUGUCAUCCUGAGUAUUUCUUGCCCUAGAGAUGGGCUCCAGGCAGAGUUCUCAGGGCCACGGAUUUGGGCUGCUAUCCUGGGGCCCCAGAGGAAGUGGCUGUUCCGGUGCUCUUGACUCAGUUGCUUGGAAGGUCGGGGCCCCAGGGCCGACACUGACAGAUGAGCGUCCCCAGCUCCACCCUUCAACUCCAUCCAUCAAGACCCUUCUGAGGCAGAGCUGAAGGCCAGAAGGAAGGACUAGUUGGUACAGGCUUCCCUGGCACACUUGACAUGGUUUAUAUCCCUAGACUCACGAUUGUGGGUUUGGAUGGAUUCGCUUGGGGGUCCUCUAGCCUGACCGGUAGCACCUGGAGGACUUGAAAUCCUGUGGGUGGUCUGAGCUGCUAACUGCUGUUCCUAGUCAAACAGAGAGUGCACUUCCAGAAUUGAGUCCUGGCCAGGGGUGGAGAGGCUGAAGUUUGUACUCCUCACUCUUAGCUCUCCAAACAGGGUUUGCUUAAUUGGAGCAUGCCUCCAUUUAAGCUGCUCAACCAGGGGAGCAGCCCCACCAAAGGGCCCAUGGCCAGGCUGGGUCCUGACAUGCCUCUUCCCCUCCCUCUGCCUUAUAUUCUGCUGCGUCCCCCUCCCCCCACUCCCUACCCAUCCCCAUGACGGGUCUCCUGCCACCUAAGACUGCCGCAAGGCAGCUUAGCAAGAGUUAGCUGGAAAGGCGGGGUGGAAAGACUAACAGGCACUAUACCAGAAGCUAGAAGCAGGUAAGUGUGGGGUGGAGAGCAUGAGUGGAGCCAGCCUGGUGCAGUCUUGGCUCUGGACCCCAGGCAAGUGACUAUGUAGGCUUUCUGUCUUUCUGUGCUUCUGUUUCCUUGUGGGAUUGGUCAUAAUUAGUCCCUACACACAGGGUGGUUGUGUGAUUAAAGAAGUUAAUGUACAUAAAGCUCUUGGACCAGCGCUGGCCCAGAGUGUUGUCUAAGUGUUGGCAGGCAUCAUCAGGAGAUACCAAAGCCUCCUUUCCAUUUUAGAGCUCUGAUGGGGUGGAGGGUAGCCAUGUGGCUGGGAAGGGCUGAUCCCAUUGGUUCAGGAUUAGUCCUGGAGGGGUCACUCUGGCCUCUUCUUUGGCCUUUGUUGGCUCUGGGUCCAGCAGCAUGCAGCAAGCCUGUCCUCUCCCUCCUCUGCAGGCAAAGGUACCUGGGACCUGCCUGCUCACCAUUCGUGUCCUGCAGGCCUUUGACCUGCCCUCAAAGGACGUAGUGACCCCCUCUGACUGCUAUGUGAGUCUGUGGCUGCCCACGGCCAGUAGCCACAGGCUCCAGACACGCACGGUCAAGAACAGCAGAAACCCCAUCUGGAAUCAGAGCUUUCGCUUUCGAAUCCACAGCCAGCUCAAGAAUGUGGUGCAGCUGCAAGUCUUUGACCAGGACCUUCUGACCAAUGAUGACCCCGUGUUGUCGGUGCUAUUUGAUGUGGGGACUUUGCGGGCUGGGGAGUUCCGCAGAGAGAGCUUCUCCUUGAACCCUCAGGGUCAGGAGCGGCUAGAAGUUGAAUUUCGGCUGCAGCGACUGACAGACUGUGCUGAGCAUCUUGUCACCAAUGGCAUUCUGGUGGCCCGGGAGCUCUCUUGCUUGCAUGUUCGACUGGAGGAGGCAGGGGACCAGAAGCAGUCCAUGGGAAGAGUUCAGCUCAUGGUUCCUGGGUCCUGCGAGGGUCCUCAGGAGGCCUCCGUGGGUGCUGGCUCCUUCUUCCAUUGCCCGGCCUUCUGGGAGCAGGAGCUGAAUAUUCAUCUGCAGGAUGCCCCCCAAGAGCAACUGAAGGUGCCUCUGAGUGCCUUGCCCUCUGGCCAGGUGGUGAGGCUUGUCUUCCCUACAUCCCAGGAACCCCUGAUGAGGGUGGAGCUGAGAAAAGAAGAAGGACCUAGGGAACUGGCUGUGCGGCUAGGCUGCGGGCCCUGUGCCGAGGAGCAGGCCUUCCUGAGCAAGAGGAAGCAGGUGGUGGCCAAGGCCCUGAAGCAGGUCCUGCAGCUGGAUGAAGACUUGCAGGAAGAUGAGAUCCCAGUGGUAGCUGUUAUGGCCACCGGUGGUGGGAUCCGGGCGAUGGUUUCCUUGUAUGGGCACCUGACUGCCCUGAAGGAGCUGGGUCUCUUGGAUUGCAUCUCCUAUAUCACAGGGGCCUCUGGCUCCACCUGGGCUUUGGCCAACCUCUAUGAGGACCCAGAAUGGUCUCAAAAGGACCUGGCAGGACCCACGGAGUCACUGAAAACACAGGUGACCAAGAGCAAGUUGGGUGUGCUUGCUCCCAGCAAGCUGCAGCGGUACCGGCAGGAGCUGGUGGAGCGUGCCCACCUGGGCCACCCGCCCUGCUUCACCAACCUGUGGGCACUCAUCAACGAGGCACUGCUGCAUGAUGAGCCCCAUGAGCACACUCUCUCAGACCAGAGGGAGGCCCUGAGCCAUGGCCAGAACCCUCUACCCAUCUACUGUGCCCUUAACACCAAAGAGAAGAACCUGACCACCUUUGAAUUUGCAGAGUGGUGCGAGUUUUCCCCCUAUGAGGUUGGCUUUCCCAAGUAUGGUGCCUUCAUCCCUUCCGAGCUCUUUGGCUCUGAGUUCUUCAUGGGGCACCUCACCAAGCGGCUUCCUGAGUCCCGAAUCUGCUUCCUGGAAGGUAUCUGGAGCAACCUGUACGCAGCCAACCUCCAGGACAGCUUAUACUGGGCCUCAGAGCCCAGCCAGUUCUGGGACCGCUGGGCACAGGAUCAGGCCAAUUUAGACAAGGAACAGGUUCCUCUUCUCAAGAUAGAAGAGCCUCCCACUGGGGCCGGCAAGAUUGUUGACUUUUUUACUGACCUUCUGACAAGGCGCCCACUGGCCCAGACCACCCACAAUUUCCUGCGUGGUCUCCAUUUCCACAAAGACUAUUUCCAACAACCUUACUUCUCCACCUGGAAAGCCACCAAAUUGGAUGGGCACCCCCACCAGCUGACACCUGCAGAGCCCCACCUUUGCCUGCUGGAUGUCGGCUACCUUAUCAACACCAGUUUCCCACCCCUUCUGCGCCCCACACGGGAUGUGGACCUCAUCCUGUCACUGGAUUACAACCUCCAAGGAGCGUUUCAGCAGCUGCAGCUCCUGGGCAGGCUCUGCCAGGAGCAGGGCAUCCCUUUCCCGCCUGUGUCCCCCAGUCCGGAGGAGCAGCGCCAGCCCCCAGAAUGCUUCUGCUUCUCCGACCCAGACCACCCUGACGCCCCAGCUGUGCUGCACUUCCCUCUGGUCAAUGACUCCUUCCAGCAGUACUCGGCCCCUGGCAUCCUGCGGACACCAGAGGAGAAGGCGGCGGGGGAGGUGAACCUGUCUUCAUCCGACUCUCCCUACCACUACUCAAAAGUGACCUACAGCCCAGAGGACUUGGACAAGCUACUCCACCUGACACAUUACAACAUCUGCAACAACCGGGAGCGGCUGCUGGAAGCCCUGAGUGGAGCGGUGCAGCGGAGGCGGCAGCGCCGGCAGCACCGGCCGCAGUGAUGGCGCUGCCCUGGCCGGUGUUCCCCCCUCGCCUCCACGGCCCUGAACCUUUGUCAGACUCGUGCCCUAUGCACCUGGGCGAGGUGGGGCAGAGACCAUCAUCCCCAAGGGUUCCAGAGCCUCCCGGACGGCCUGGCCCAUAUGGGGCCCUGCAGUCACCGGCACCUUCUCCACAGACAUUUGUGGGUAGGUUGAGGGUUUUAAAAGGGCUGAGCCCUGUCUCCUCAGGCGCAAGGUAGCCCUAGGGAACAACAGCUGGAGCCCAGGCCAGCAUUGACCAUAUUUGCAGAGGUGUUCAAGGCUAUGUGACCCUUUCCCUUGCUCCUUUGAAUAGUUGUACGGAGUGAAAUAGAGUGGUAUAUACAUCACAGAGGCUUGUAUCUGGUGAGUUGUUAACAGAUUAUUUGUCAUUACUGCAAACGGACAGGUCAUUCCAGGCUCUUGGUUACACCACAGCAAGGACUGGUUUGAACAACAUCACCGCAGGUACCUCACCAGGCUAUAGAGCAGGUCAGUCCAGACUUCCCCUGAAGAGCAUCUGCUCAAGGCCAUGUCUGCCCUGCCGGAGACAUUCUUUCCAAGCAGGGAGGCUAGUUUGGCCUGGGGGUUCUCUGCUCGUCUGGGCAGGGCCAGGGCUCCAGUAGCAGACUCAUCGGCGGUGACACAGCACCCCUGGGGUCAGAGGAGCCAGAGACCAGCCCCGAUAGCAUAACCCCAGCAAAUUGUGACCUCGGUGAGGGCUACCUCUUAUCAAGGCACCAUCUGUUCCAGAAUUUGGUCCUGAGGGGCCUGGCAGCAGAAUCUCAUUCUGAUCCCCUAGAGGCCGUCCUUGUUUGUAGCCUUGAGGGUUGGUGCCACCUCAGGGUUUGCUUCCAGGCCCCAGACCUGUUGGGAGAACAGGGAAGCAGAGUGAAAUGAGGGCCUAGCCUCCUCACAAUCUUUGUCAAGCACUGGUGUGCAAGGCCUCUGGCCUCCCUUGGAACAUGUUGAUGUGAGUCCCAGAAGCUGAUAGGCAGCUGCGAGAGUGACCAUGGUGUGUGGGGCAGAGAGGAGAGGACUGAGUCCCGUGGCCCAGUGAUUCUUGGGCCCUGUCCUAAGCAUGUGGCUAGAGUCAGCACAGCAGAAGAAAUGGCUGCCUUGGUAGCCUUAGAAGCCACCAUCCAGGAUCAGGCCUAUUCAUUCAGCAACAUCCUCUGAAUCAUAAAGUGGAGCCCAUGGGCCCUGCGGGAUGGGCUUGCAGAACUGCCCCAGCCCACAGUCAUGACUGCCCUCCAGUGUGCGGUGAGUGCCCCUCAAGCCCAACCGGCUGGGGGUCUGUCUCUGUGCAUGGGGGUGACUGCCUGCUUCUGGCCUGCGUUGGGGCAGUAGGGCUCCUCUUUCACAUCAGAGCAGGGUGCAGGUGGGGGCAGCUGUACUGCAACCUGGCUUCUGUCUUACACAGCAAGAGGAGACCAAGGGAUGAGAGAGGUGGCAAUCCCAGGAGACAGAGCCAGGCAGCCAUUCCCGCAUAUACAAGGGGACACCCGGGGGGCCCUGUACCUUGGGCUUGGCCUGGGCAGGGCCAGCAGCCUGCAGCUGGCCGUCAGCACUCACACGGAUCUCUGUCAGGGAGGUGGUCAGGGGCCAGCCCCAGGAGCUGUGGGGAAAGGCAGCCUCAGGGCCUGGACAUAGUUACCAUUAGGGGGUUUUGCACCAGACAAGGUGGGUGCUAGGAUUUCCUGUUGAGGGUCUCAAAGAUGAGAGUCACUCCUCCCCCUAGCAGUUCAGGUUAGAGUCUAUGGAUCUUGGGCUUAAGAGGGCAGCAUCUGUGCCAGUCCUGGGGGCACAGGACUCCCACCUACCCAUAUACCCAGCUGUCCUACCUGAGGGCGGCAGCUGCACUGGGCACCCUCUCAGCACUGUGCUCCACAGGGAAGCGCAGAGGUCUGGCUCGGAGCUCCAGGCUCAGCCUGUGGGCUGAGAGCACAGGGCGUGCCAUGGUCAGCCUGGCGCAGCUGCUAGGCCCUCAGCAGCCAGCACCCUCCCUGCAGGGUCCUUCCUCUUUGCUAGUGUCCGUAUGUCUGCCUCUCUAGUCAAAUCCUAACCCCCAGGUGAGAGUAGUGGGAGGUGAUUAGGGCAUGAGGGUGGAGCCCUGACAGCGAACACCCCAGUGAGCUAGGACCUCACCCCUUCAGCUUACCACAAGCUAGGACACCCACCUACCCCAAAAGACAACUCUUAGCGAACACCCAAUGGGCUGGCGCCUUGCUGUUGGACUUCCCCCCCUCCAGCACUGUGAGAAAUAAAUGGCUCUUGUCUGUAACCUA